CUCUCUCUAUCUCUCUCUCUCUCUCUCUCUCUCCGUCCGUUUCCCAGUUCUCAUUGCGCUCUGCCUCUGGGUCACUGAGCGGCUCAGCCUGUUAGAAAACUGGAUUAUCAGUGCGGUUUUUAAAGGAGCUCUGCGACUCCACCUCCAUCACGCCAUCCCUCGAGAGUAUCACGUAUUUAUGACCCGUCGCCUGGUUACAAUUAAUCUUCCUGUAACCGAAAUUAAACAGUAAAGUUGCUCUGGUUCCGCACCGCAGCCGCUCCGGACAUGUCCUCAUCCAGCCAGUGCAGGUCCAAAUAUGAUGAAUGCAAAGAGACAGUAGACUGGCUGCUGGCUCACACAAACAUCCAGCCAAAAGUUGCCAUUAUCUGUGGAUCAGGUCUUGGUGGCCUGUCAGACCUGCUGAGCAACAGGACUGUUUUUCUUUAUAAGGACAUCCCACAUUUCCCUCACAGUACAGUAGCAGGACAUGCAGGUCAGCUGGUGUUCGGGGAGCUGAAAGGAAAGCAGUGUGUUUGCAUGCAAGGCCGCUUUCACUUCUACGAGGGCUAUGACACUGCUGUGGUCACAUUCCCAGUACGCGUCUUUUUCCUUCUUGGAGUUGAGACUUUGAUUGUUACAAAUGCUGCAGGAGGGUUAAACUCCAAUUUUAAGGUGGGAGACAUUAUGAUGAUCAAGGACCACAUCAAUAUUCCUGGUUUUGCAGGUCAGAAUCCUCUGUGUGGCCCAAAUGAUGAGAGGUUUGGCGUACGCUUUCCCUGCAUGUCAGAUGCAUAUGAUAAAGACUUGGCACAGCUGGCCAGGCAGAUAGCCGAGGAGCAGGGCUGUGCUAAUUUCAUCAAACAGGGAGUAUACUGUAUGUUGGCUGGACCUACCUACGAGACCAUAGCUGAGUGUAAAAUGCUUCAGUUACUGGGGGCAGAUGCUGUAGGAAUGAGCACGGUACCUGAGGUGGUGGUGGCACGUCACUGUGGCCUGCGUGUCUUUGGCCUCUCCCUCAUUACCAACAAGGUGGUGUCCGACUACAGCAGUGAGGAGCGCACCAACCAUGAGGAGGUUCUUGAGACCACACGCAUGCGUACUCAAGAUCUUCAGCGCCUGGUCAGUCAUCUCGUGGAAAAGAUUUAAUGUCAUGCUUCCUGGUGCUCAGGCAACCUAACACUAAAGCUGACAUAACCAAAACAGCAUGUCUAAAAUGCUACAAUGAAAUUAAUGCAGUAAUAACAGAUUUAGGGAUUAUAUUAUUAGCAGUAAAGAGUAAUUUAUAACAGGGUUUUAUUUAUAUGAAUGCACUAGCAAUCUGACACUUUACGAUUUAAUCCCAGCAAUAUUAAGAUUAGGUAGACUGCUAUAUUUGAAAAAUGAUUUAUCUACAGCUAACUCAUAUUUAUUACUGUACAUGAUUGACACUCUUUUAAUGACUCUUCCCUGUGAAACCUGCACUCGCUUAAAUUACCAUCUGCAGUCUACACUAAAGAGCAGUAUCACAAGCCAGGGUACUCUGGAGACCAGAGACUGUGGGUGUUAAUUUAACAGUGGCGGUUCUGCUGUGUGAACAGCGUGUGUAUGUACAUGUGUUUGAGUAUUACAAGUGGUUUAUUCUGCUUUAUUUGAUAGUAUACUCACCUCCCCAUGCAAAUCAAGUCAGCCUUAAGUAGACAUUUAUAAAGAUGCCAUUAGAACUGCAGUAAGCUGACUGAUACUGUGUCUAUUCUAAACCCAUAGCCAAUAGCCAUGUAUUUGAUUCAAACUCUCUACCUCAAUAUUCUGAAGCCUUAGAACAAAUAUACAAACUUGAAGUGCUAGAUUUUUUUUUAGUAUUCACACAACACAUAGAAAAAUAUACAUUUUAUCCAAACAAACUCAUUAAGGUAGUUGUCAAACUCCUAAAGGAGACAUCAUGCAAAUGCCUGUGCAAAAAGUACUGGAAACAAAAGGGUCCAUAAAUAAUAUUUUACAAUAUGCUAUCAAGCAAAAAAAAAUUCUCAUCGUCAGAUUAUUGUACUACACUGUGACCAGCACGAUAGCCUUUAUUUGAAUUAUUUUCAUGCCAGACAUGCCUCUCUUACUCAAAGAAAGAGUUGUAGAACAAACUAAUGCACACAUGCAUCCACAGAGAGCAGCACACUAAUGCCAGCAAAUUAUUGUAAUGAUUUAUAAUCCCGCUAUGCGGUGUCACAUGGAAGAGGAUGAAUUCCUAUUUGAGUCUGUGUCCUGGUUUCUUACUAAUGUUGUUUCUGGGAGUUUUCCUUGCUACUGCCACUACAUAUCUAUUGUUAAAAGCACCAUACAAAUAAAGUUGAACUGAACUGAAUCAUGGUAAGGCAGAUUCGAGCAUACAGAGAUUAGACCAGACUUUUUUUUUUUCUUUUUUUUUUUAAUUACCCAAAAUACACUUUCAUGUGACUGUUACCAACCAGAGAGGGUGAAGCACAUGCUAGUGCUUCUGCUGAGACAUGAUGCUAAUUUCUUUUUUGACACUAAAUGAUCUGCUGUAGUAUUUGGAAAAUUGUGUCUAAUUUUGGUUAACUGUCAAAAUGUUUCAGAAAUGCUAAACAAAUAGAAAGGUGCUAUAUUUUCUCUAAUUUCCUCUAUUAAAAUACAUAUUCUAUUAAACAUGAGCACAUUAGUAUAUAUAUAACAUUUAAAUAAAUAUAUGGAAAGAUAAAA